CGAGUUGCUUAUUGGAAAAGCGGGCGCUUGUGUCUGAGCGCGCAGAGGAGACACACACUUUGUCCUCUCUGAUUUCAGGAACCUAAUGAUAAGACAAUAGGAUCAAACUUUCGAUUUUUUGUGUGUAUGUCUGGUUUUAUUACAUUUCAGUGAAGUGGAGUGACAGAUCAGAUCAUCAUGGGAAGGAGCGCAUGUGGGCACUGGUGGAUGCGCUUUUUCACCUUGCUGGCAUUGCGUGUUCUGGUUGUGCGUGCCGCGGGAAGGACCAUGAAAUAUGAAACGUACGAAGAGGACGCACCGGCUACCGUGAUCGGAAACCUGGCCAAGGACAUGUCCUUAAGCUUGUCCGCGGGCUCCAAGACUAAUUUCAGGAUGAUGAAGCAGGUCAACGCGUCUUUUGUUCGCCUCCGAGAAAGCGACGGACAGCUGACUGUGGGCGAGAAGAUUGACAGAGAGAGAAUUUGCAAGCAUGCUCUUCAAUGUGUUCUUGCGUUCGACGUGGUGAGUUUCUCGAAAGACCAAUUCCGACUGAUACACGUCGAAGUCGAGGUGAAGGACAUCAAUGACAAUGCGCCUGAGUUUCCCAGGAAGGAGUCCACUCUGGAAAUCUCGGAAAACACAGCACCAGGGACCCGAAUCCCACUCGACGUGGCUGUAGAUGAAGACGUGGGCACGAACUAUAUACAAAGCUACCAGAUUUCAGUAAACAGUCACUUUACGAUCGACGUGCUGAGCAGAGCGGAUGGGGUUAAAUAUGCGGAGCUGGUGUUAAUGAAAGAGCUGGACAGGGAGACCCAGGCGUCCUACGCGCUGGAACUGGUGGCUACGGACGGCGGAAAUCCGCCCAGGUCCGGCAUCACCAAGAUCAAUGUCAAGGUGAAGGACUACAAUGACAACAGUCCGAUUUUCGAGCGCAGCCACUUUUCCGUGGAGAUCCCAGAAGACGCGCCGGUGGGCUUUCUGCUAUUGGAUCUCAACGCAGUGGAUCCGGAUGAGGGUUUGAACGGUGAUGUGGUGUACGGACUCGGUAACCAAGUGCCUUCGGAGAUCAGGCAACUUUUCCGCGUCGACCGCAAAAGCGGCCGCGUCACACUCGAGAGUCCGAUGGAUUACGAGAGCAAGACGACGUAUGAGUUUGACGUCCAGGCGUCCGAUCUGGGUCCGAGUCCGAGUCCGCCGGCCAUCUGUAAAGUGGUCGUGCAGGUGCAGGAUGUGAACGACAACGCGCCCGAGAUCACCAUCACGCCAAUGACGUCUAUGGCAGCGGGGGUCGCGCAUGUGACCGAGGCGGCCGCCAAGGACACUUUCGUGGCUCUGAUCAGCACUUCGGACAGGGACUCGGGGGUCAACGGACAGGUCCACUGCACCCUGUACGGCCACGAUCACUUCCGGCUCCAGCAGGCGUACGAGGACAGUUACAUGAUCGUCACCACGGCGCCGCUGGACAGGGAGAAAAUAGCCGAGUAUAAUCUGACAGUGGUGGCGGAAGACCUCGGCUCUCCGCCGUUUCGCACAAUCACACAGUACACCGUGAAGCUGACGGAUGAAAACGAUAACGCGCCCGUGUUCAGCAAAACCUCCUACGAAGUGUCGCUUGCGGAAAACAACGCACCGGGGGCGUACGUCACCACGGUGGUGGCGCGCGACUCGGACGCGGGGCAGAAUAGCAAAGUGAGCUAUAAACUCGCGGACACCUAUGUGAUGGGCUCUCCGGUGUCGACAUUUGUCUCCCUCGAUCCCUCCACCGGCUCGCUUUACGCGCUGAGAAGUUUCAAUUACGAAGUGCUCAAGCUCCUCGAGCUGCGCGUCCACGCGAGCGACGGUGGCGCACCUCCGCUGCACGGCACCGCCACGAUCAACCUCAGAAUAGUCGACCAGAACGACAACGCUCCCGUGAUCGUACAUCCGGUGCUCACUAACGGCUCGGCGGACGUCCUUUUGCCCAAAGACGCACCGUCGGGUUACGUUGGCACGCAUGUCAGGGCGCGGGACGCCGACGAGGGCAUCAACGCCGAGCUUUUGUAUCAGAUGAGCUCAGCCGAAUCCAGCGCGCUUUCGAUCAACAAAGUAAGCGGGGAGAUCUACGUGAGUCGGGAAGGUGCGCACGAAGUGGGCGAGACCUUCAAGGUCACAGUAACUGUGAGCGACCACGGCAGACCUGCUCUCACUUCGACAGCCACUAUCCGCUUCACGGUGAUCGCCGGAGCUCCUAAAGGUGACCGCAUCCACUAUAGUGAUCCUGAGGUCCACGAGUGGGAUCUCUCUGUGGUUAUCAUCGUGGUGCUGGCUGGAAGCUGCACGCUUUUGCUUUUGGCCAUCAUUUUGAUUGCCACCAGCUGCAACAAGCGCAAACUAGAAAAGAGGCAUGAUGAAUUCGGGGAUGAAAAAGAAGAGGACGUAAAUUUAGAUGUAGAGAAAAAUAACAGUGACCCGCUCAUUCCAGUUCACAAUGAAAACGUGUUUGAUGUACAGCCCUACACCAGUAAACCAGGCUUUACAGGAUCUGGUCAAGUGGCCAAUGAUGAGUGCUGCGGCUCUGAAGAAGGGCUCGACACCGGUUACGAGGCAGAGGACAAAAGCCAUGGAGCAAAAUUAGAUGGAUAUCUAACACUGCCUGGUUACGGCAAGGAAGCAGUCAGGCCGAUCACAAUCUGGAAGGGCAACUCCUAUACAACUAUUUCAGCACGAGAUCCUCAGUUCAGUGGGAAGGACAGUGGGAAAGGGGACAGUGACUUCAACGACAGCGACUCGGACAUAAGCGGAGACGGCCUGAAAAAGGAAGGACAUCAAAACAGUGCUCCAGACGCUCUGUGGGCAUGCACGAGCGAGUGCAGGAUCCUCGGCCAUUCAGACCGAUGCUGGAGUCCAAACGCCACCAGGAUGAACAGCGGCUCCAGACAACAUCUGUCCACGUUCGCUAAGACAGGCUCACUUCCAAGGGACACUUUGAGAAGAGACACCUAUUACCAGGCAAACAUCCCUAAAACAGUGGGCUUGCAGAGCGUUUAUGAAAGAGUGCUGCACCAAGAGUAUGUCAUCGUCCCCCCGCCUCAGCCGAGCAGAGUGCAAGACAUCAACGACGUCACAAUCCCAGUGUACUCUCCCACAACAGCACGCUGUUCCACAAAAGAAGUCUAAUGGGUCCAACAUAAGACAUCUCCCUCAAAUACAUCUAUAUGGCCAGAUGAAAAUGUAUUACUAUAAAUAUUUGUCUAUUUAAACAAACAAAAAAACAUUUUCAGUCUGUGUUGGUCUUAAAUUUAUGACAAUUUGAAGCAAUCACCUGAUCUUGUCAGAAAUCAUAUAUAUAUAUAUAUAUAUAUAUAUAUAUAUAUAUAUAUAUAUAUAUAUAUAUAUAUAUAUAUAUAUAUAUAUAUAUAUAUAUAUAUGUAUGUGUAUAUACAUACACAUAUAUGAUGCAAGUUUGUAAAUACAGAGUCUAUUUUUUAUAUUAUUAAUAAGUAAAACAAAAGGUUAUUAAAGAUUAUUAUACUUUAUAUUAAAAGCAUGUCCUUUAUUUAAAUAAAGACCCUUUUCGUGGUCGGAAAUCCUAUCAAGUUGAUAAAUGUGCAAACACCGAAUGUAUGUACGU